UUUUAUUUUUUCAUUUAUUCGUACGUAGAAUGAGAAUGUCGAUAGCCUCGGCUUGGACCAUAUAAAUAAAGAAUUUCCAUCGUCUCUCGGAUUACUAGUUUAAUGUUCUAAACGUGCAAUUGCGCGCAAACUUACUAUACUACUACUCGCAAUCAACGGACGUUUUACACGCUUUUUUUUGUCUUAACAAUUUUUGUAUCUUUCGUGUUUUUUCUUUGUGAUUUUUAUGUGAAAUUAAUUUAAUAAAAAAAAUACUAAACUGUGUUCGAAGGACUUCCUGACUGAAAAGUGAUUGAUCUUUUAAGUGUUUUUCGGCAACAAAAAAGUGACAAAAAUCGCAUGAAACAAUCGACACUUUAACGCACCUUCUUUGUGUCACAUUAAAAAUGCAAUCGCAUCAAAGUUUAUUCACUGGGCAGAGUGUAAACGGCCAUAAACGUCGCCCUUCACUCGGUAAAUCAAUGCCUGUGACUUCGUUGCUGCUGAAUUUGUCAGCGCCAACUUUUAAGGAUUACUCGAGUUUGUCAAAGGACGGUCGGUCACCCGAAUUUGAACGCCCUCCGUUGUUCUUUAACGUACGUAAAUCUAGCGGAAGUGAAUACAGUUCUCCAGAUGAGAGCAUAGAUAAGGAUUUUGAAAUUUUAGAAGCUCCUAAAAAUGAGGACCUGGAAGGUGACUCUAAACCCCAAGCUCCUUGUUUAAAUUGUCAAAACUCUGAGGGUGCUGAUAAUAACCCCCUAACAGAAUUAUGCAAAAUACUUUGCACAAAAGAGUGCUGUGAAGUUCCACAAAUCCCAGCCAUAGAACUGCCUAAGGAUAACAUACGUCAACCAUUGCACAGACCACCUUCAAGAAUCGACUUGCAACGCAAACAAUUCCUCACUGAUAUGUUGGGUUUGAAUAAUGACGAUGAUGACCAGAAUUCUGCUGUCUUAGGGCAAAAUGACCCUGAGCUGGUUGAGAUAGUCGCGGAUAUAAUUGACAACACAGCUGCCUCAACUACAUCCGCCGCCACCACUGCCGUUGCAACCAAUACAACAGAGGCAGCUGUUGACCGGCAAUAUCCGUCAUCGUUAUGGUCAGCAGGUACGCCCCAAGAAAGUGCAAUGCUGAAGGAUUUUCGUGAAAAGUUCGCCAUUGCGGAAGCUUUAGCUAAAACCUCGGCAAUGACCUCGCCAGCAGUUAAGAGACGCUUGGCCGCACGCAGAGUUGAAAUGGAACUAGACGACUCUGAGGAGAAUGAAAAUCCUCAUCGUCGUUGUUUGGUUGCUACCGACAACACAACCACCACCGGUUCGCAUGCACCUAAAAUUGAAAACGGAAGUGAAUAUGAACCACCACGGGACUUGCUGUUGUAUCUUGUGAGGAUGGGAUCAUUUAAUUCUGCGCCAAAAAUCAAUAAUAUCGAUUCACAAGAUGAUAGUCUUGAAGUGCCACAAGGUUUGAAUACCAGUGAAUUAUUGCAACAUAUAAAACAUUUGCGUGGUGAGAAUCAACCUCAAUUAUUGACAAGAUAUUUUGUGAAACAAUCAAUUACACCAUCGUUGGUUUCAAAUGAUAUUACCGAUGGAUUGAGCUUCCUUAAAUUAAAUUCCAUUUCUAAAGUCUGUAGUGCUCCAAUAAGUGCACCAAAUCACAUUCGAUUGCUACAAUGGAAUAUUUUAUCACAGACUUUGGGACAAAACAAUGAUGGAUUUGUCCGGUGUCCAGAUGAGGCUUUGACGUGGGAUCACAGAAAAUACCUAAUAGUACAAGAAAUUUUGCAGAAUAAUCCGGAUGUCAUUUGUUUGCAGGAAGUUGAUCAUUUUAAAUUCCUGGAAAACAUUCUCGGUUCACAAAACUAUGGCGGUAUAUUCUUCCCAAAACCCGACUCACCUUGUCUGUAUAUCGAAGAGAACAAUGGUCCCGAUGGAUGUGCUGUAUUCUACAAACGUGACAAAUUCGAGUUGAAAAACUUUGAAACUCAUGUUCUCGAAGUGUGGCGGGUUCAGAGCAAUCAAGUUGCUAUUGCAGUAACUCUCGAAGUCAAAGCAACUGGCAAGGAGAUUUGUGUCUGCACAACUCAUCUCAAAGCUCGCCAUGGUUCAUUGUUAUCCAAAUUACGUAAUGAACAAGGAAAAGAUCUCAUACGUUUUGUUAAGAAUUUCGCUGGAAAUCGUCCCGUUUUGAUAUGUGGCGAUUUUAAUGCUGAACCAAUUGAACCAGUUUAUUCAACAAUUUUAAGUAGUGAAGGCUUAAAUCUAUCCAGUGGUUAUGCGGACAUUAAAAGAGAACUUGACAAUCUAGAAUCGACUGAAAAGAGCUCGGAAAACAGUGAAAACAAUGAAAAUAGUGAAAAUGCAGUCGAAAACUAUGCCGAAGAAUUAGCCAACUGUGAACCUCCUUACACAACAUGGAAGAUUCGGGAAGAAGGAGAAGUUUGUCACACUAUUGAUUAUGUAUUUUAUUCAAAGGAUCAAUUUAAGGUGAAAAACUGCUUAGAAUUCCCACAAGGUGAUGAAAUUGGUAAAAAUCGUACACCAAGCUAUCAAUAUCCUUCCGAUCAUUUUUCAUUAGUUUGUGACUUUGAAUUACUGGGCAAUUCCAACAAAAAAUAACUCAAAAAGAACGACGAAAGCAAAGAUUCAGGGGUGAAGGCUUUGCAGAAGAGAUUCGAUAAGAUUGGAUAACUUUUCAAAAUCAUUGGAAUCCAAUUAUAUUGUGAUAUUAGUUAUUAGAUAUUCAUUAUAAUAGAACAUAGUCAAAGGAAUUAUUAUUAUUAUACUAUAUUUGCAGAAAUCUUUGUUUUUUUUUUUAACUGCAGUAAUGUUUCAAAUACAUAUUUUAAAAAAGGGGGACAUCUUCAGUUUUGCUUUAUUUAAAUUUGUUUUCUAAUUAAUAAGAUAAAUGUUGUUGUAUUUUUUUAAAUUUUGACAAAACACGCCAAAAAAGCUUAAAACUUAACACAUUAAUUAAGAAGCAAAUGUUAAAUGCAAUUGUUGCAAACCACACAUACACACACACACAAAAAAACACCUAAACAUGUAAUGUUAACUUAUUUUUGUAAGAAUAUUUUUUUUUUUAAUGAAAUUAACAAAUUUUUGAUAAAUGUUUCAAUAAAAUUGGUAUGGCAUUCAUAUAUGAUAUUAUAA